UAUGGCUAUCCAUUUACCUUUGAAGCUCUUCAGCUAAAACUCAGGAUUGCACAGACAUCUGCAAGUCCACCGAGAAGGCCGCAAAUCCGAGCAACACCUCGCCCGCAUCUUCUAAUUCCUAACCAAGUCAUGCCCUCCACUCCGUCAAAGCGCUCGCUUCUGCCGUUCACCGAGGAUGAAUCUCGUCGAGGGACCGUCAAAUUCGUGGUACUAAAUCCCAACAAGGAGGAUUGGUGGGAGAAGAAGAAGGAUUGGUGGGAGAUGACACUCAAACGAAUCAAAAUCGGGCCCCUUCAACGUCAAGAGUCCCUCAAGAAGUUUCUCUCCGCGCCUAAAGCCAUUUGGACACUGGCAUCGAUUAUGGCGCCACUAUCCACCCAGGACAGCCAUGAACAAGACUGGGCGGGGAUCGCGGAGAACGCUGUAAUUCUCCCCGUGCAGGGUCACGUCCAAUCUGUCGACAUGGUACUGAAAAAGGAAGUCGUCUUUUGGCUCACAAAUGAGUCGAUAGAGCUUUUAGUUCAGUAUCGCAAGACUUUUCUUGCCAAAAACACAGUCAAAAGUGGCCGGGUCCAGGAACAGUUGCACCAGGACUUCCAGUUGGCCAUUAAACGUUUUGUGUACAGCGCCCCUGACUUAGUCUUGGACGAACUGGAAGAGGACGGAUCAGGAGAGCUACCGUAUAAGGAGAGCAUAAAGGUCAAGGAAAGAAUAUCGGGUCUGAUGAAAAUCCCGUCAACACUGUCAGUUUCACCCUCUACGAUGAACGCCAAACAAGCGCCCUUGUAUGCGCCGCAAGCCAGCAAGAUCAUGUUGUCUCAGCACCGGCCGCCCCAAUUUAUCGCUGAGCCCGGUGGAUUCUUUCAACACUCCCAAAGCCUAACCUGGUGGCCCUGGGUGCAGGAUUCUCAGUUGCCAGUUUCCCAGAUUGGGCAACAGCAGGCGCAGUACUACCUAGUACCAACUGGUUAUAUCUGGAUUGCUGCGGGGAUGGAACAACAGUUCUACAAUGCAACAUUCUUUUCCAGCGGUGGGCGUUACUGAACAUUGUGACUGCGACGUAACACUGCCCUCCUUUUCAUCAGUCUUUAGACCAUAAUGAUGCGAGCGUUAACAAAGC